GGUCGAUGGUCGAUUAAAUAUUAAUGGUCUAUUGUGUUUUUUGCUAUAAUUUAUGCUCCUCUCUUCCUUAGCUGAACCUUGAUGGGGUACAACAACAACAAUAUUUAUAGACAGACUAAUUGAAGUCGAAAAAAAUUUGACAAAACAAAAAUGUCGGUGCCAAAGGAAUUAUCUAAGAAAAUGUACAGAAUCCAGAAGCCUACUCGUUGGACUUCUGGUAUUGGUCUUGAGUUGCCGCAGGCAUACAAGAAGUUUUGGCGUGAGUGGAAAAUAACAGCACCAGAACCAGUUCAUUUUAUUCCUAAGGAAGGCAAAUAUGAAAAACGCGAUGAUGGUACUGUAGUACCAGUGCAAAAUAUUCCAUUACCACUAAAGUAUCCCAAAGAAAUAGAUCAAGGUAUUUGGGGUGGAGAAGCUGUGGUCCAAGGGUUUUAUAAAAGUUCCAAAUACACGAGAAGGACCGUGCGUUAUUGGGUUCCUCAGCUCAAGAAAUCUGUCAUCUAUAGUGAAAUAUUAGACAAGUACAUGAGAACUAUGGUCACUGAUAGAGCUAUCGACUUAAUACAUAAGAAUUAUGGAUUUGAUCAUUAUAUUCUUAAGACAAAGGCUUGUGAUUUAAGAUCACUACUUGCUCUCCACUUGAAAAGGGAAAUGUUGAUAAAUUUAGCUGAUAAAACAUUGUAUCCCAAUGAUCUUGUUAAGCGAGAAGAAAUUUAUGCUAAAUAUGAGAAGUAUCUGGAACCUUAUACUAGAGAAGAAAUUGAAUGGUAUGGGUUGUCAUGGGCAGAGGCAUGCAAAAAACACAUUGAUGCACGGAGAGCAGCCAUCAAAAUAGUUCCACUGAAAGUCACGUACAGACAAGAAUUUAUUCAGCAUCUUAUGACAGAAAAACAAAGAAUGAUUGAAGAAGGAGAAGAUCCAUCUGAUGGCUCGUGGCUAUCAAAAAUUAAUCCAUUCAAAUGAUUUGCAGUGGACAAAAUAAUUGAACAAUCCUUAAACGGCA